CCACCCCCCUCCCCCCGCUGCCACUUCCGCUGGGGUCGAGUGGAGGCGGCGCGCGCUGUGCAUUGUGGGUGGCGAGCGGCUGGUUUGGAUUCCCGCUCACGGCCACCGUCAGUGGCGAGCGAAAGCUUCUGAAGCGGCGGCUCGCUGGGCCUCCUCUGCGUCGACUCAGCCUGAAGGCGGGUGUCUCAGAUUGCCAGCACCAUGUGAUGGGAGCUCCAGGGCAUGCUGCGUGCUCGCCAGGAGGGGCUGGGCAAGAUGGCGUAGUCGCUGGAGCAGCUGCGGGCGCGGCACCGUCGCUCUCACCCUGGCGGAGUGCAGCAACACAGUGGAGCGGCACCAGCGGGACACUCUGGACAACGCAGCCAAGGCUGUUGCCCCGCUCGCCCGACUCGUUGAGAGGCUUGCCCACCCCCCAGGGCGUUGUCGUGAAGAUACCGCUGGGAGGAAGAAUAUCUCACAAUACUGGAAGAGGCGGGUGUCUCAGAUUGCCAGCACCAUGUGAUGGGAGCUCCAGGGCAUGCUGCGUGCUCGCCAGGAGGGGCUGGGCAAGAUGGCGUAGUCGCUGGAGCAGCUGCGGGCGCGGCACCGCCGCUCUCACCCUGGCGGAGUGCAGCAACACAGUGGGGCGGCACCAGCGGGACACUCUGGACAACGCAGCCAAGGCGGGUGUCUCAGAUUGCCAGCACCAUGUGAUGGGAGCUCCAGGGCAUGCUGCGUGCUCGCCAGGAGGGGCUGGGCAAGAUGGCGUAGUCGCUGGAGCAGCUGCGGGCGCGGCACCGCCGCUCUCACCCUGGCGGAGUGCAGCAACACAGUGGGGCGGCACCAGCGGGACACUCUGGACAACGCAGCCAAGGCGGUGGUGUUGCAAGCCUGUGAUCCAGCAGUGGAAGGCAGCAAGGUCCUCCGCUAUGAGUGCUAGGGGAGGCUAUCUGAUCCGGCCCUGGUCAAGCACGGAUCCCGGCACCCAGCUAACCAGGCCGUGCUCUUACAAGAGCAGCGGUCCUGGAGCUCUUGGGGCCGCGCCACUUGCCCUGCUCGGCCCUGACAAGGACAGCGAGCCAGGGGAGUUCCAGGGCCUAUUCUGCCGGUCUUCAGUCUUCAAUGAGCGGAGGCGGCGCUGCCCCCAUCCUCCGCGCUUGCCCAGGCCUAAAUGGCUGACGGUUGUUGUGGAGGAAGAGGAGACUCCGGUGGAGGAGCUGUUGGUGCAGGAGGAGGAGACCCUGGUGGAGGAGCUGGUGGUGCAGGAGGAGGAGAUCCUGGUGGAGGAGCUGGUGGUGCAGGAGGAGGAGACCCUGUUGGAGGAGCUGGUGGUGCAGGAGGAGGAGACCCUGGUGGAGGAGCUGGUGGUGCAGAAGGAGGAGACCCUGGUGGAGGAGCUGGUGGUGCAGGAGGAGGAGACCCUGGUGGAGGAGCUGGUGGUGCAGGAGGAGGAGACCUUGGUGGAGGAGCUGGUGGUGCAGGAGGAGGAGACCCUGGUGGAGGAGCUGGUGGUGCAGGAGGAGGAGACCUUGGUGGAGGAGCUGGUGGUGCAGGAGGAGGAGACCCUGGUGCAAGAGCUGGUGGUGCAGGAAGAAGAGGAGAUGAGGGGGGAGACAGAGGAGGUAUGGACGAAGGAGCAGGAGGAUGAGAUGGUGGUGCAGGUGGAGGAGACAUUGGUGGAGAAGAUGGUGGAGAAAGAGAUGACAAGGAAAGAGGAUCAGGUGAUGAUGCAGGAGGAGAAGAGGAAGCGAGGGAGUCUGGCCCGCAUAGGAAGAACCAUCCGUUCACUCCUCCGACUCGUGCUGCUGUGUGGUAGCCGGUCCACCACACAGUAGAGGUGGCUCUGGAAUAACCCCCCAACCCCUCACCUGGGGUCGGGGGGGGAACUCGGCCUCUCAACGGUCCCGGUUCUCUCUCUAACUCAGGGUGGCACCCCCUGUCGACUCGUGCCCGCAACUACAGGUGGUGUGUGCUUUGCAUUUCCGACGCUAUAUAUACAGCAAGAAAUACUCUACAUAUGUAAUAACAGCCAUAGAGGGUUCACGUGGGGAUUGGCUUGCCGGUCCUGCUUUGUAGCCAAUAAGGGUUGAGAUAGGGAGCAUGACCCCGGCGUGAUCACGGCAUGUCAUCAGGAGUGAUUGGCCUAGCCAUUCGGGGCCCCAGCUAAUGGGGAGCCGGAUGAGAGGCGUGGUCCCGGGAUUGACAGGGAACCAUCGAGAAUGGUCAAGGCUGUCCAUGGAGGAUUGGCUGGGGGGACCACGUGAUGGAAGGAUUAAGAGAGAGUGAGAGAGAACGAUCGGGAGCAGACUGGGGAACGAACAGAGCCACGCGCGUACGGGGGCUCUGGGUGCCACGUGCGCGGUGGGAACUGGUGUGAAGUCUGCCCGCUCUCUGUUGUCUGCCAGCAACAGAGAGUGUGUGAGUAAAGUGUAUUGUGGAAGUGAAAAUAAAGAGGACCGAUUCCGAA